AUGGAACAGCAGAGAAGUUCCGCCGGUGGUGCGUCGCUCAGCCCUAGAUCGCCGUCGUCAUCGCAACCGUUUCUCUCCGUUUCUGUUACGGAUCCUGUUAAACUCGGCAAUGGCGUUCAGUCUUAUAUCUCUUACCGCGUCAUUACCAAAACAAAUUUUACGGAAUACCAGGCACCCGAGAAGAUUGUCAUCCGGCGUUACAGUGACUUUGUUUGGUUACGUGAUCGCCUUUUUGAGAAGUACAAAGGCAUUUUUAUUCCUGCACUUCCAGAGAAAAGUGCUGUAGAGAAAUUCCGUUUUAGUGCUGAGUUUAUCGAAAUGAGGCGACAGGCAUUGGAUGUAUUUGUAAAUAGAAUAGCAUCACAUCAUCAACUUCAACAAAGUGAGGAUCUGAUGACGUUUUUGCAGGCAGAGGAAGAGACAAUGGAAAGGCUAAGGUCCCACGAGGCUGGCAUAUUCAAGAAGCCAUCUGAUUUAAUGCAGAUUUUUAAGGAUGUGCAAUCAAAAGUGAGUGAUGUUGUCCUUGGGAAGGAGAAGCCAGUAGAAGAAUCUGAUGCUGAAUAUGAGAAGCUUAAACAUUACGUUUUUGAACUUGAAAAUCACUUGGGUGAAGCUCAAAAGCAUGCAUAUCGUCUUGUGAAGAGGCACAGAGAGUUGGGACAAUCAUUGUCAGAUUUUGGAAAAGCCGUGAAACUUCUAGGUGCUUCUGAAGGAAAUGCACUUGGGAAAGCAUUCUCUGAACUUGGGAUAAAGUCAGAGAUUUUAUCAAUCAAGCUGCAAAAGGAGGCACAUGAGCUCUUGAUGAGUUUUGAAGAACCUUUGAAAGAUUAUGUCCGUGCUGUGCAAUCUAUUAAGGCAACAAUAGCAGAGAGGGCCAAUGCCUUCAGGAGGCAAUGUGAACUGGCUGAAACAAUGAAGCUGAAGGAGAUUAAUCUUGACAAACUCAUGUUGAUUCGCUCUGAGAAAGUGGGAGAAGCUGAGCGUGAAUUUCAUGAGUUGAAGGCAGAGAGUGAACAAGCAACGAAGACAUUUGAGACAAUUGUGAAACUAAUGAAUGAAGAAAUAGGGCGUUUUCAGGAACAGAAAACAUUAGAUAUGGGGAUAGCUUUCCACGAAUUUGCCAAAGGUCAGGCACGCCUAGCAAAUGGUAUUGCAGAUGCGUGGCGGAGUUUGCUUCCUAAACUAGAGGCGUGUUCCUCUUCGUAG